AUUAAUAUCAACUCGCUCCCACGCAUCACAAUUCCCAUUUCAAACAAAAUACCCUAACUUCACAUUCAAAAUACCCUAACCUCAGAAGGGGAUGUCAGAUGGGGGAGGAUCUGUUUAUUUUAUUUUUGCUUUCUUGUUGCCAAUUUUACAUUUUGCUUUAUCAUAUUUGUCUAUGCACAUGACUACGUCUUGGUUUCAAAGAAUUUACCUUCACAGCUUCGCUUGAUGAAUAAAAGUUGUAGUUCAAAGAAGUUUCUGGCAGAAUCUUGUAAGAGUACUGACAUCUAACUGAAUCCGAAAGUUGACUUGUAUCAAGAAGAGAUGGUGGAUUUUAGGGACAAGAAAGGGUCUGAAUUCACUGUGUUUACCUGCCAUCAUUUGCACCCAGGCAACAGAGGCUGGGUUGAAGUGGUUUGAACUCGAAUGUGUUUCGUUGGAAAAGAAAUAUGAUGGCAAACCUAAAAUCAACUAUGUCACAGUUUCUGAGGAUUACACGAGUUUCUAAAAUGACUUAGCGAGUUUGCUGGUCUGGUUUUGUUUACUACUGGACUAGAAGGAUACGCAAGACCUGUUGUUGACAAAAUCGACCUUGAAAAUUUGUUUAGCCAUAGACUUUAUCUCCCUUCAACUAUUAGCACCUACACCAUAUUCAUGUUGGCCAGUGUUUGUGACUCCUUAUAAUCUCCCUCUUGAAUUGUGUAUGACAAGUGUGGAAGCAUAUGAUGUAUCAAUGAAACAAAACUUUAGAUUGCGUGCUACUUUGAUACUUUCCUGCUUAUGAAAUGAUGUCUGGGUGGUCGACUGCAGGCAAGUUAGCUUGCCCUUGUUGUAUGGAAGAGACAAAAGCAUUCACUUUGAAACAUAGGGGUCAAAACUCAUGGUUUGACUGUCACCGUUGACUCUUGCCAAUGCAACAUGAGUUUAGGAGAAAUACUAGUGAUUUUAUAAAGAAUAAGUCUGAUUUUGAGGAGCCAACGCCAAUUUUAUCACGAGAAGAAAUUUGGGAUAGAGUGAAGAAUCUGCCUAAGGUAACAGAGUCUCCGCCAUUCAGGAUACCUAGUUAUGGUGUUACACAUAACUGGACUAAACGAAGCAUAUUUUGGGAGUUAGAUUACUAGAAGAACAAUCUUCUGCCUUAUAAUCUGGAUGCCAUGCAUAUUGAGAAAAACUUCUUUGACAACUUGUUUAAUACUAUGAUGGAUGUAAGUAACAAAACAAAAGAUAACUUGAAGGCCAGGAUGGACUUAAAGGAGUAUUGUCGGGGCAGUGAGUUGUACUUGACAUACUUAAACAAUAAGAUUCAGAAGUCCAAGGCCAGUUACACAUUCACUUUGGAUGAUAGAAGAGUGAUUUGUGAUUGGGUUAAGAAUUUGAGAAUGCCAGAUGGAUAUGCGUCAAAUUUAUCCAGGUGCGUUGACAUGAAGGAAGGGAAGUUGACCUCUAUGAAGAGCCAGUCACUGAUGCCAAUUGCAUUCAGUACGUUGCCCGAUAGAAUAUGGAAGCCCAUAACAGAGAUAAGCUUAUUUUUCAAAGAUUUAUAUUCUAACACAUUAAGGGAGGAGAACCUAUCUUUGAUGGAUAUCAACAUUCGCUUAACCUUAAACAAGUUGGCAAAAAUUUUUCCUCCUGUUUUUUUUUUGGAUGUUAUGGAGCAUUUUCCAAUUCACCUUGUGCGUGAGGCACAACUUGGAGGGCCUGUUCAGUGUAGAUGGAUGUAUCUCUUUGAGAGGAUUAUUGGCAAAGGUAAGCGGACCAUAAAAAAUAGAUCUCGAAUUGAGGGAUCAAUAUAUGAGGCUUAUUUGGCUAAAGAGACCUCUUAUUUUUGUUCAUAUUAUUUUGAAAAUGAUGUACCAUGUCUGAGAAACCGACCUAAUAGGCAUGAUGAUGGAGACAAUACAGAUUUUUCAGCACCACCAUUUUCAAUAUUCAAUCAAACAGGUAAAGGAAGUCCAAAAGUUGGUCCACUUGGAUAUUUGAAUGAGGUGGAGCUUAAGUCAGCUACAACACAUGUAUUAUUAAAUUGUCCCGAGGUCCUGCCUUUUUAUAACUACUUUGUGGCUUUACACGGGGAUGCUGCUGUUUAUCCUAUGUUUUCAGUGUAGUUUAGAGAAUAUGUAAGUGUAACUUAAAUAUUUAACACGAUUUACACUUUUGUUUAGUCUUAUGUAUAUUUAAAUUCUAACUGUUCUUGAACUUUUUAUAGGUUUAUAAUCCACUUAAUUAUGACCCAAAUGGCCAAUUUUUACGUGAUAUAGCUUGGGGACCUAAUGCUAAAGUCAGAAAGUUUUCUAAGUACUCUGUCAAUGGGUACAAAUUUCAUACAGAGGAGUUCUCUAAGGGCAAGAAAACCAACAAUAGUAGGGUUUGGGUGAAAGGUGAUGGUGGUGUUGAUUAUUAUAGUGUGCUUCACGAGAUUUUAGAACUCGAUUAUCAUGUUGGUUGGCCAAAGAAAAAGUUGGUUCUCUUUCGGUGUAAGUGGUAUGAUCCUAUGCCUAGGUUAGGUACAAAGGUGCACCCUCAGUACAAAAUAGUCGAAAUUAAGUGUACAAGGGAGUAUGGACUCUAUGAUCUAUUUGUCAUUGCACAAAAUGUGAAACAGGUGUAUUACGCUCCUUAUCCUUUGUGUAAGAAUAAAUUUGCAUGGCGGGUAGUUAUAAAAACAAAGUCCGUGGGUAGAGUUGAAGUAGAGGAUGCAUUGGAUGUAGCGAUCAGAAUAACAUUUCAAGUGUUGAAGAAAGGGUGGAUGAUUAAUUAGCAGGUGAGUUGCAGCAUACCGAAGGCCUAUAUGAAGAAUUUGAUCCUUCUAAACUUAGGUCAAUUGUUAAUGAUUAUGGAGAAGGAACAUCCGGGGCAAAUGACAAGGAAGAUCCAACUGAUGAAAAUGAAAUAAGCGAGGAAGAGUUACUUGAUGAAAAUGAAACAAGUGAGGAGGAAGAAUCGAUGGAUGAAUAUGAAUCAAGUGAUUAGGAAGAAUUGAUGAAUGACUAUGAAACAAGCGAUGAGGAUUGAGUUGUUAUUAAUAGUAGUGUGUAGUUGGUCUUGAAUUGUAUUUUAGCUGCUGCUUUUUGUUAUUUUACUUGACAAUAUAGUGUCUUUUCUUUGUUAACAUUUGUAGUGCCAAUAAGAACAUUGAGAUUGUUAGAUAAAAUAGCAGUGAUGAAUUUCUAUAGUAUUUGUGUGUUGUCUGUUUUAUUCAAUUGGUACUACAGAAAAGAACUAUCCACUUUAUAUGUGCAGAGGUAAAAAACUUUUCUUCUUUAUGAACACUUGCUAUAGUGUUGUUUCAUUCGUUCGAUAUUGUAUUUGUUUCCUUUUUGGUAAGAAGUUCUCGUUUUCU